AUGGGCUCAACAACACCCACCGCCUCCCUCCCCUCAGCCUCCUCACCUUCUCUCACUCUCACCCUCGCCCACGAAGACGAGCGUCCCAAAACAUGGUCUCUCACCCACCCCAUGUGGGGACCCGCUCUCUCUCACUCCGAGUACCUCGCGCGCGAACACUUCAUGACGACGCUCCCGCUCGCCAAAGACGGUGGUCUGACGCACUGGAUCCUGACCGACAUCAACUCCCCUCAGGCAGAAAACAAUAACCAACGACCCAUCCUCUCCUCCUGCGAAACCCUCCGUAAACACGCCGUCGCCGCUCGCCACGACCCUUCUUCCGACCGCGUCAUUCUCACCGAAGGCAUCUCGCACGGCAUCGGCUCCGUGUUCACCGACCCUCAGUACCGCGGCAAGGGAUACGCCAACAGGAUGAUGCAGGAAUUGGGCAAGCGGUUGCGCACUUGGCAAGAAGAAGAGGCAACAACCCUCUUCUCAGUCCUCUACUCCGACAUAGGCAAAUCCUUCUAUGCCAAAAACGGAUGGAAGGCCUUUCCUUCAGCGCACGUCUCUUUCAAACCCAUCAAAUCCUCUUCUUCCUCAUCCUCAUCCUCCUCAUCCCCCUCAUCCAAGCCAUCCCCCUUCUCCCCCGCUACUCCUCCCUUCCCACCCAACCUCUCUCCCAUAAGCUACCACACCCUCCCUCCCCUCUGCACCCUCGACACCACCCACCUCCUCACCCAAACCCUCCCCACCCUCGCCCGCUCCAACCCCUCCAAAACCCACGUCGCCUUGCUGCCAGACUUGGACUGCCUCCUCUGGCAUUUACUCCGCGAAGACUUCAUGACGCAACACAUUUUCCACCGCACCCCUUCCGUGCGGGGGGCUAUCUAUAGCUGCCCUAACAGAAACGGGCAAAGAGUUUGGGCAGUCUGGACCCGCUCUUAUUACCGGGGAUUGGAAAGCGAGAGUAUCGAAGGGAAUCACAUGCAUAUUCUCCGUUUCGUCAUGGAAGGGGUAGAGGAUCUGGGGAACGAGGAGUCCCUGCAAAAAGUGACAGAGGACCCAGAAACAGAGAAAUAUCUGGUGGAAGCAUUCCGGGCGAUCUUGGCUGUGGCGCAACGGGAGGCGGCGGAGUGGAGGGUGCAGGAUGUGCAGAUGUGGAAUCCGAGUCCGUUGGUGAGUCGGUUGAUUGAGAAAGCCGGGGUUGAGGGCGGGUACGAGAUGGUGGAGAGGGAUAUGGAUAGCAUUCCCAGCUUGAUGUGGUAUGGGGCUGAGGGGAUGGAGGGUGGUAGGACCGAGGAUGUCGAGUGGGUUGCUAAUGAAAAGUAUGGGUGGUGCUGA